CUUGCAUCAACAAGACCAUGGCGAUUGUGCAGGUCAAGGUCCUGUACUUUGCGGCGGCGCGGGAGAUGGUUGGACGUCGGGAAGAGAUGUUGGAAUUGAGCAAAACCAUCAAUGAAGAUGCACAUGUGACGACGGAUACGCUUCGACAAGCGUUGUGUGCCAAAUACCCUCGCGCAGCGCAAUUCUUGAAGGACAUCACACUUGCGGUGAAUUUGGAGUAUGUCCUUGAGGGCGACGUGAGAGACCUUGCUCACGGCGACGAAGUGGCGUUGAUUCCUCCUAUUUCUGGGGGUUAAAGGGGGCACAACGAUGUGCUUUUAUCGCAGAAACGACGACGGUGACAAUGAAAACCAUAGUUCCGAUAUGGAAUAAUGAUGAUAUGGUAUUGCAAAACGGCAA